AUGUUGUGCAUGAUGCAGAGGUGGCAUUCACCCUGCCACAAGGAGGAUCGACAUGUUUUUGUGGGGAUCACCGAUACUUACGUCUUUUUGGUGAAGCAACCGCGUCUAGAUCAUUGCUUGUACCGUGUUGUAAAAGUCUCCGGAUCAGAGUUCACCUACGUCACCAUCCUUGUCGGCCUCUUCGUAUGGGCAUUCCUAGGCAUUCCAUAUGGAACGGCUAACACAUACAAAAUCAUCAUCCCAGAUGCGCAAGCCAUUAUUAGUUUUGUCUUUGACGCCUUCCUGAUGCGCAAGCAAUUCAAUCAACAUGACAAUCUGCUCAUUGUCGCUGGGUCUCUACGCUCCCGCGUCAGCAGUCACAAAUGUAUGAUUGGACACCUUGUUGCGACUAGAAAGUUUCUCAAGAUCGACGCAAUCAAGUUCCAGACGCCUCUUGUAAGGAUGGUAUUAACCAGGUUUCCGCAGGAGAACCGACUGACGAGGAGGUCAAGCGCCAUAUCAUUGUUCCUCGGCCAUAUCGGCACUGUCCUUGGCUUCUGGUGCUAUAUAUUCACCUGGCUAUGA